AUGUCACCGUUAUAUGCUCUAAUCUCAUGGCUAAGCUAUCGCUUCUACACCGAAAGUACUUAUUACAUAACAAUCCGCGAUUGUUACGAAGCAUUUGUACUGGCUUCAUUCUUCAUCCUCUUACUUCAAUAUCUUGGUGACUCGCCGGAAGAACAGAGGCGACAAUUAGUCAAUACAAAAAAACAAAGCCUAAUAAUGCCACUUUGCUGCUUGCGAUAUAACCCAACGAAGCAGCAUUGGUUAUUUUGGACAAAAUGGGGAAUACUCCAAUAUGUCGUACUUAAGCCAAUUAUGACGGUCAUUGCGGUCGCGUUGCAGUAUCAUGGAGUGUUGUGUGAGACGAGUUUUUCGCCCGCGUUUGGAAACUUUUGGCUACAAGUCGUGAACUUUAUAAGCGUGUCGGUGGCAAUGUAUUACUUGGUCACGUUUUAUAUUACUAUUAGGGACCUGAUCAAAGAGCAGAAACCAUUUUUGAAGUUUUUGGCUGUUAAAUUGGUAACGUAUUCGAGUCUAGGCGAGAGAGCAGAGUCUGUGAAAAGCUUGUGGGCAUAUGCGCAGAUUGCAGACAUAAGUUGUCAGCGACAAUUGACGCCUCGAAAUAUCACCUUGGGCAUAAAUGCAAUCCUAAUAUGCCUCGAAAUGAUAUUAUUUGCUCUACUUCACGUGUAUGCUUUUUCAUACCGGCCUUAUCGUUCACCAAAGGCGACUUCUGUAUGGUUUGCCUUUUGGGAUAGUCUGAACCCGAUUGAUUUCAUCAGAGAGGUGGGGGGAUUGUGCAAGUAUGCAUGGAAUUUGAUGCGAGGUUUAUCAACAGGAAAGGGUAAUAGAUUGAUGGAUUUGGAAUUUGCGCUUGGGAAGAAGAGAGUCAUUGUGAAUGAAGCAGGGCAGGAUGGACACGAUAAGGACUAUAGAAAGGAUGAUGAUAAUGAAGGGGGACAAGGUGGCAGUAUGAUGCAAGGCGGUAUAAUGCAAAGCGGGUUUCAAGGUGAAAUAUCGUACGAAAUGUCCGACAGGUCGCCGGGUGAAAGGCCAGGUGGGACUAUCGAAGUUUCUCAGUUUGUCCCUCCGCAAGCUUCACAAGCUCGAACGACGUCUUCAGCAAACUUGAUCUCCAGCAGACCAGACUCUACUUCCUCCGAGUCGACUCAUAGUGCAUCUUUCUGGCCCCUCACAAAAGCAUUUUCAAAGCGUUCCAGUCAGGACACACCAAAUUAUCCUAUAGAUUCUUCUCUGGAAAUGGGAGAGACAAAUGCUUUUCGGAUAACCGCUCGCCGUGAUGAGUCAGAGGAAAGUAAUGAAUUGUUGGAUUUAACUGAGAGCGAUGCAUUCAAGACGGCUGUUGCUAAAUUAUCGCAGUUGGAGAAAGUCGAGAGCGAUGCCGACAAGGAACAGAAAGGGGCGACAAGGGAUAUAGAUGGGAGGCAUUUGAAUACGGAUCAGGGUUUAAACAGAAUGGGAGAUAAUGGAAGCGUUGACGCAAACAAUGCGAUAGUUGGUAAUCCCUUCAACUCAGCGACAUUACCAACUAGCGUUACUGCCUCUUCUUUCUCGUCGUCAGCAUCUUCAUCUCCUUUGUCUCAAUAUAAUAAUCCCAUUUCAUCACAACGAUUCGGAAAUCUCACGUCCGUUAGAGAAGAAAGCCAAGACGGUAGCACUUAUGUCAAUGGAUACAACGGUUCACUUGUUAACAGCUAUGAUUAUCAUGUGGAUCCAUCCAUUGGAGUUAACCCUGUGGGGCUAUCAGUUCCAUCUCCCCUAUCCGCCGCUUUACCUACAAGUCGGUUAUCGCCAGUAUCCGAAAAAUCUGCGAGUUACAAUCUACCUCAAAACGUGACGAACAUUAGAUCAAACGACUCUUUUCACACUGGCAUGUCGCGGGAUUACACAAUCAACAGUUCGUCUUUUGGCAACUCUCGCGCGCCAUCUAGCGAUACGGAUGGUUCUGAAUAUUUCCACUCUGCAGUAUCUACCCAAUCCCCAAAUAUUUCGAUAAAGUCACAAAACAAGGAUACCUUUGGUACUCACAAUAAAAACAUUGGGGGGAAAGAUAUACGAGUAGAGUACAUCACUUAUGGAUGA